GCACAUGGAAGGACAAUCUUGUCCUGACCGCCUCAUUCUUUCAGUGAGAAGGUGAUAUGGGCAGAACUGUGGAGGAGGCACUUACACGUAUGAACAGCUAGUAGAAGUUUUCUUUUAGCCGUUUUCCACAGAAAUAUGCUUCAGAGACAGCCUCAACACAGUCAAUGAAACUUUUACAGCCAGAGAAACGGAACUGGGUGCCACAGACAGAGACGCACCUUUGACAGGUGGUUCUACAGGAAGGACGGGGGCUGGAAAAGAUGUUGAAACACAGACUCGUAUUCAAGAACUGAUUCUUUAAGACUGGGAAUCGUUUUCCAGGGAAUAAGGGGAUUUGAAUUCAAACCGUGUGGUUGUCUGAAACCUCAAAAUUCAAGGGCUUGAUGGAUACGAUGCUGAUUCCAGACCAGUGGCAGGCCGGCACUCUGGGGUCACCAUCAUGGGCAAUGUGACUCCCAGCGAUGUGCUGGAGAGGAUCCACUUCCAGUACAACUUCCUGGCCCUGGCACUGGGCAUUCCGCUCAUCCUGAUCAUCAUCCUGGGGAACGUCCUGGUGUGUCUGAGCGUGCUCACCGAGCGCUCCCUCAAAACCGCCACCAACUACUUCAUCGUUAGCCUGGCUGUGGCGGACCUGCUGCUGGCUGUGCUGGUCCUGCCUCUGUAUGUUUACUCAGAGUUUCUGGGUGGGAUAUGGACCCUGAAUACCUACAUCUGUGAUGCGUUGAUGACCAUGGACGUGAUGCUCUGCACCGCUUCCAUUCUUAACCUGUGCGCCAUUAGCAUCGACAGGUACAUAGCGGUGGUGGUCCCUCUGAAGUACAACAGGAACCAGUUCAGCCUCCGGCAGCUCAUCCUGAUCGCCGCCACCUGGGUUCUGUCCCUGGGCGUGGCCAGCCCUGUCAUCUUCGGGCUGAACCAGGUGCCGGGGCGCGACGCCAGUGUGUGCAAGCUGGAGGACGAUAACUUCGUGGUGUACUCGUCCGUCUGCUCCUUCUUCGUGCCGUGCCCCGUCAUGCUGCUGCUGUAUUACUGGAUGUUCCGGGGUCUGCGGCGCUGGAGCGCCAGCCGCCGCUCCCACCUGCUGUCCGCCGACCGGCCCUUCUCCCUCAGCCUGCGCAGCCUCCGCCGCCACCGCAGGUCAAAGGUCAAGUACCUGAUGCCCAGCCUGAGCCCGGGCGUCGGCGCCGACGCAGCCGACACGGCGCCCAGCCCCGCCCCCGAGGGCGACCCCGUCACCCAGGCGGACAGCGCAUCGGACGGCGAGGCCCCCGAGAGGGCGCUGGAGGGCAGCCUGAAGGCCAACGGGCUGCGGGGUCACGGGUCCGAGAGGGGAUCCCACGGCAAGAGCAGCCGAGUGAGCGGCCGCGAGCGCAAGGCCAUGAAGGUGCUGCCCGUGGUUGUAGGUGUGUUCCUGGCCUGCUGGACGCCCUUCUUCGUGGUCCACGUCACCAAGGUGCUCUGCGUGUCCUGUGACAUCGGGCCGACGCUCAUCUCCGUGGUUACGUGGCUUGGCUACGUCAACAGUGCGGUCAACCCCAUCAUCUACACUGCCUUCAACACCGAAUUCAGGAAUGUCUUUCACAAACUCCUUUGCUGCCAGACAUAG